GUGCAGUCAUCUGAAUCAACACGUCACCGCGUGGCAGCGGCCGCUCCCUGCUGCGGCUCCGCAGCCCUGGGCCAGGUGAGCUGAGAGCUCCAGGUGGGGAUGACGACGCUCACACGUCGGGGAUGGCGUGGGGACAAAAGGACUGAGCCUGAGGAGGACGCAGCUGCGGACAGGGAGCAGCCCGACGAUGACUCCGACAACUCCAAAGCCACCCGCCUCACACUGAUGGAGGAGGUGCUGCUCCUGGGGCUGCAGGACAAGGAGGGCUAUCCAUCCUUCUGGAAUGACUGCCUGUCCCCCGGUCUGCGUGGUGGCAUCCUCAUCGAGCUGGCGCUGCGGGGCCGCAUCCAUCUGGAGCCGCUCACAGCCAGGAAGAAGAGGCUGCUGGACAGGAAGGUACUGCUGAAGUCGGCUGCUCCCACUGGUGAUGUCCUCCUGGAUGAGACCCUCCGGCACAUCAAAGCCUCUGAGUCAACAGAAACGGUGCAGACCUGGAUAGAGCUGCUCACAGGCGAGACCUGGAACCCCUUCAAGCUGCAGUAUCAGCUGCGGAACGUGCGUGAGCGUGUCGCCAAGGGCCUGGUGGAGAAGGGGAUCCUCACCACGGGGAAGCAGAGCUUCCUGCUCUUCGACAUGACCACCCACCCCGUCUGUGACACCACUGAGAAGCAGCGCCUGCUGAAGAAGCUGCAGGGCAGUGUGUUGGAACGCUGGACGGGGGACCUGCGCCGCAUGGACCACAGGCUGCUGGCGCUGCUGGUGCUGGCCCACGCCUCGGAUGUGCUGGAGAAGGCUUUGGGCAGCCUGGAGGACACGCAGUAUGAGAUGGCCAUGAGCAGAGCCAAGGAUGUGCUGGAGGCCGACGCGGAGCUGGAGGCGGCCCAGGGCAGAGGGACAGAGGUGAUCUGGGCUGUGCUGGCAGCCUUCAGCAGGGCCUAGGUCUGAUGGUGGGCUCGGGAGGUGGGCUGUGGGUCCACACGUGGAGCUGCUCCCCUGGGAAGGGCCCUGAGCCCUUUGGGGGCUGCGUGUGGAGCUGCCUCCUCCUCCCACUGUAUUGGGGUUGGGAUUUGGUUCCUUUGGGGCUGUGGGUGCUGGGGGCAGCUCAUGGGUCUCUGUGUCAGAGAGGAAGGGAAAACUUUACUGUGUUUUUUUACUACUGUAUUUUUUUUCUCGUUCUUCUCCCCCCACUUCCCCUCCCGGGCGGUGUGAAUGUGUUCCUCUGCGUCCUGCUGCAGUUCCCUCAGUGCUCUGCCUCCGUGGUGGCUCAGCCCCUCUUUCCCUUGGAUUUGGGGGUGGGAGAAGCGGGGGCAGCGCCAGCACUGGGCCUCGCGGUGCUAUGGGAACAGUCGGGGCUGUCAUAACGUGUGGUCGGGGUGAGGACCGGAGGGGCGCUGGGAGUAGAGGGGCUCCGGGUUCUGCAGUGCCCCUACUGCCCACCAGGGGGCGGCCUCUCCCAGGGCCUUCCCAGCGCCCGGGCUGCGGCCACGCCCCUCCUCCCUGUCGCUUUGCCUAUUGGUUCUUCUCACUGUCCAUCAAGUUCAGUCGCCCCGCACUCUUUCCCGCCCACAAGGUGCUAUCUCACUUCCCAUUGGUUCCGGUAGCUUCACCCAGG